GCGGGCGCUGACGGCCUCCCCUGUGCCCGCAGAUGGCGGCGGCGGGUUUCGUGCACUGCCCCAGCGAGAACAGCCCCGACGUGGCUCAGUGCUUCUUCUGCCUYAAGGAGCUGGAGGGCUGGGAGCCCGACGACGAUCCCCUGGAGGAACACAAAAAGCACUCUGCGGACUGUGGUUUUCUUUCUCUUCAAAAAGAACUUGCUAGCCUGACGGUGCAGGAGUUCCUGAAGCUGGACAAAAUGCGAAUGAGAAAGGCAUUUAAAAACCAGAUUUCUCAGAAGAUGACCAAGGUUGAAGAGAAAGCCAAGGUUAAGCGCUGUGACAUAAAGAAUCUGGCUUAGACUGCUGCAGCUUUGCAGUUGCUGGUGACAUCUGUCCUGUCCACUGGCACUGUCACUGUCACUGUGACUGAAUGGCCGUGUUUCCUGAGGCAGCUUCCAGGCUGGCUGUCCCUGAGAAGCUGAUGGAAUUCUGCCUCACUCCUCCGAGUSUGUUUGGGAAGUACCCGGGGUCUGAUGCAUUGCAUACGUCAUCUUUUCCUGCAGGGAUUCUCCUAAUCUUCCUGCUGGUUUAAUUAAGGAUUAUUACUUGUGGGUUUACUUGUUCUCUUCUUCUUUAUUUUUUUACAAGCCCAGCUGUUUAGAGAUAUUGCACUGUUGUAGAGAUACUGGUAGCUCUGGUGCUGAAACUUAUAUUUCUGGUAAGAGUUGACAUUUGCAUUUUCAUUUUUGUACUGAAUAUACCCAUGCUUUUAGAUACUUUGGGACAUAGAAAAGGGAAGGAGUUUUAGAAAUACUUCAGGGAUUUAGGAUUGUGGAUAAUAACAUUGAGCUAUACYACAUCUUAGAUGCCCAGUAUUCUUGUAAACUUCUUUUUGUCCUUGGCUGCUACCUCGUGUUGAUGCAUAUAUAAAUAAAAACUGAAGACAGAGCUACAAAGUAGUUUCACUUG